CGUUGCGAUUCGUCCGCUGAACUUGGACUGGUGGAAUUGAAUUAUGAUAGACUAUUCAGUUUGAAUAUUUGAAUCAAACUCUGAACUGAAUUUGUUUAUACUUUGUAGUUGUAUUAAUUUAAUUUAUAAUAAUUGAAAUUGACUUCAUUCGCAAUGACAAGUUCAGAGCAGCAAACCCGGAGCACCAUUACUCUUAAAGGCUCUGUUGAGUUAGUUGUAGAUUAUCUGAAUUAUGGCAUCAAUAGCAUAUUGUUUCAAAGGGGAAUCUACCCUCCUGAAAGUUUUAAUACUGAAGAACACUUUGGGCUUUCCAUUUUGGUUUCAACAGAUGAUAAGAUCAUUGGAUUUCUCAAGAGUGUAUUGGGUCAGAUCAAAGAUUGGUUACUCAAUGAACAAGUGAAUAAAAUGUCUUUGGUAAUUGCAAAUGUAAACACGAAGGAAGUACUGGAGAGGUGGGACUUCAAAUUGGAGUAUGAGAAACCAGAAGGAUCUGCCACAGAAGGGGGUGAAAUAAUUGGCAAAAAGGAUCUUAAAGUGAUUCAGAAAGAAAUUCGUGACGUUUUGAGACAGAUUUGUUCAACCGUUAGCUUUCUUCCUCUUCUAGAUUGCCCUUGUUCAUUUGAUUUGCUGAUCUACACAAAGAAAGACUGCCAAGUGCCAAACGAAUGGGAUGAAACUCAGCCAGUCUUCAUUGCAAACUCUCAGGAGCUGCAGAUGCGAUCAUUCUCAACAUCUCUUCACAAGAUGCACACAAUCGUGAGCUACAAGGCUGAGUAAAGGCACCCUUGCUGAUCGCAACACAACUUAAGACCUUGUUAUUAGUUUUUAAAAUUUGUUUGUACAUUUAGUAUUGUGUCAAGUGAUCAUGUACUUGUCUCUUUUUGUAGCUAAACUGUGAUUGAGGCCUUACUGUAAUACACGUGAGUGCCUUGCAUUUAUCAGUAAUUUGUCAAACAGGUCUACUUUGCACUUUUUCAGUGCCCUAUUUGGCAUUGAAAUAAUAACAACAGAACCGUGUAAUAUCCCAUAUUUGAUUUGCACUGUAACAGAAAACUCGGAAAAAUGUUAACGUAGUGUUUUAAGUGAUUUCAAGCGUACAAGCAAAUAGUAAUUAAAUAAAUAUUAUUUGACAAAAAUGUAGCAUAAAUUAAAAGUGUAAAGAUGUACUUUUAGAUAAUGAAAUAAGAUUAUGAAGAAUGUUAAAAACUAUUAUCUGUUAAUAGGACGUAAAUUUUUAAAUGUAAAAUAAUAAAAUGUAUAUGAAACAAUUAUUUUUGUAAAUUCAAGCAAGCCUUUAUAAUUUACAAAAAUGUUUGACUUUGGUUAGUUAGAAUUUAUAUUUCUGUCACAUUGAUUGUGAAUGGUAUAUACUUGUUUAUUACCUAUAACAGUUAAUGUGUUUAGUUAGACUGAUACUUGCUCAGAUAAAAAAUAUUUGAUUUACUGUACCAUAUUAUGGUUAGACAUUUUUAAAUGUUUCCCUCGCAUUUUAUGUAAUAUUUUAUAAUAAUGUCCCUGUUCUUUAUACAGUAUUUAAAAAUAACAACAUGUCUAAUGUACGUAUUUAGGUUUCGUAAUUGAAUGUGUAUCUUUUAAGUAUAUAUUUUUUUAAUUUUAAAAGACAUAAUGUUAUUAACUAAAUUAUUUCCAAACAAAAGUAUGAUAGUAGUAAACAGCAUAACACACAUUAAGUAAAAAUGUAAUUUAACAGGAAGUUAAAUAAGCAAUAAAUCAUAAUUUAUUAUUUAUGUAGUUAAGAUAACUUUAAAACACUAAUCUAUAAUUUAAUUGAUAUAACUUUCAAAGUGAUAACCAAAGUUUUGUUAAUGUUUGUAAGUAAGUGAUGCCAUUACAUCUUGUAUUGAAGAAUAAAAUAAAAUAAUUAAAUCCACUCCAGGAUUAUAAUUUUGAGAUUGAAGUAGAUUAUAAUAUAUAAUGUUUAUGUUAUCAUAAGGCUGUCCCUUUUUAUACAAGUUAAGAUCUGAUAUUUGAGUACUUCUAUUUUAAACAAAACUAGUAAUAAAUAAUAAAGUAAGUAAUAAACUAAAAGGCACGAUUAAUUUAUCCACAUGCCAUUUUUUUCAUAAAUGCUGUUGCUAGUUAGACUUCAGAUGAUUUUAUCUGUGAAUAUCUUUUAUACUUAUUAAUAUUAUUAAACUAGUUGGGACAAGAUAUUUUAACGAUGAUUUAUAAUAUUAUUACCGUUACUUUAAUGUAAAAUAAUAGUUUAUCUGCAUUUUAAUGGACAGCUAAUAUACAUUGUAAAAAUGUUGUUAGUACAAUAAAUAGUUGGUAAUUU